AUGACACCAACCGAUCCACAUCCCAACAUUCAUGAAGGAGAGGCGAGCACUUUGACAUUUGUUGCACCUCGAGUUGAUAUACCCCAUCGAGGUGUUGAGAGUCGAAGUCGUCGAGCUCGUCGUGAUUACUUUGCUGGUCCAAAGCCUUCCAACACCUUCUUCAUGGGUGAUACAGAGGCACUCGCGUCUCAUUCCACCGCCUUACCAAUUGAUCAGGUGGAUGUGCCACAACGAUCAACUCAACGCAGCAAAAGUGUCUCCCGACCGAUGGAGAGCACAAACACGGGUCUGCGAACUCGUAUGGAAAGCGCUGGAAUGAAGACGAUACCGAAUGCUACUUCCGGUGGGAGAAUGUACAGUCGCUCCUGUUCUCGAUAUCGCAGUACAGACAUUGACGUCGCUUUAGCGAACUCUGCCAUUUCACGGGAGAAUCUCACAGGAGCUGCCGUUACUGAUGACAAUCAGAAGAAGAAAAUGGCAUCUUCAUUGUUUGAUCUCUCAGCAAGAAGGCAAUUUUCAAUGUCAAACAAUUUACAAUUUUUAAGUGGAAAGUCAACCAACUCCCUUCUGGAGACGGAUAUCGACACUGGAGAACAAAAAAAUCAACAAAUUAUUCUUGAAACUGAUGUAGAUACAUUGAACACGUACAGAUUGGUCGGUGGAUUUGCCUCUGCCGAUGAGGGACCAAUUCAAGCCAACAACGACAAAACUUAUAGUUUAUUUAAUCUGACCUACCUCAACAGCACAGGACAGCCUCGAAGACACUUCACCGAGGACAACAAACACCAAAGUCGAGCAGACGCCUAUAAACGAGCACAAAGUUUGUCUGGAAUAGCUAAGUCAAUUGAUAAUCACCGAGGAGAGUUGAAAUCUGGUGAGUCCAGCCUUGUAGCACGUUUGCGAGCUCGAGCUCGUUCAAACCACGAACUGCGUGUGGCGGAGUCGUUGACUCGAAUUCACGUGCCUGAAUGGUUGGAUAAAGCGGAUCUCUCAAGGCCUCUAUCACCUCUUCGUACCUCAUUAUCGCCACCGCCACCACCACCACCAUUAAUACCCCGUGAAAAGAAUAUCCAAUCACACAGUGGAGUAUCACUACCAUCAACAACUCUCUUUCAACACGCAUUUACCAAUGGAGUUGAAACAACGCUUCCAAAAAGCAAAACAAUUGAAACCGUCUCCAAGCCGAUAUGGUCUCCCACUCCUCCAACAAAGACAGAGACGCAUCGCUCCCUUAGACCCAGUCAAAUCCUCCGAGAACGAAAUGCCUCCUAUGGCUCCAAAUUGGCUCCAAUAAAGUCCACUCUGAGAGGUUCAAUGAAGAGUAAUGUUGCAGAACGAAGUGAUGUGUCGUCCAUUGAUUAUGGAAAUAUUAUUCGACCUGGUGGAUCUAUAAUUGCUUCUCGACCUGUUCAUCUAAAUCCCGAGGAUUUUCUCACUCAUAAUGAAAAAGUUUGGGGUGAAAAAUCAACUGCACAAACACCUCCACCUGUGGUUUGUACGACUGCAACGUCGGCAGAACUCAUUCAAGCACCAAAGACAUCUCUACGAUCGCCUUCCUCACCAUCAGGUGCUAAACGUCUACAGCAAAUCCAAAGUCAAAAUGGACAUUCCGUGCGUAGAAAUGGUGAGACGCAGUUGUGCUCUCCAAAUGAGAGUAGCAGUAGCCUUAAAAUGGCCGAUUCUGAGAGCCUAGUUGAGAACCAGUUCUACCAACCAAUGGAGACAGCCGAAGUCAAACAAUCCAUCAAUCGUUUCCUGGAUGAGGGACUUUAUGAGGAGGUACAACGUCCAGCAAAGUUUGUGCCACCGCCACUAUCAGUGCCUAGAACAACACCAUCAACCUCGGCGAUCAGUACUCCUGCCGCAAACUCGGAUUCUCACAGUCCUACAUGGCACAAUGUCGACUCAGAUGGGGAGACCGAGACUGCGGCAACAGAUGGAUUGGACAACAUUUCUGACCUUACAUGUCUAACCGACCUACUGGAUAAGUACUCCACACGACAUUUCACUCUCCUCCAAAAUCGUCCCUCUGCUCUGGAGAACAUUCUCACACAAUUCGGAUGGUGGUCAAGCGCACCCAAUCCCACGUCCAGACAACAACCACGCGGAUCCAGUGAUUCUGUUGCUUUGGCAGCAACGCACUUUAAUCCUGAUGAAGAUAGCCAUCGAAAUGAGUUCCUUGCAUUGCUCACCAGUCCAGCGGGUCAGGGACCAAUGAUUCUCACGGAGUAUGGAUUUGAUCAGAAGCGUAUUGGCCUCGACAGGAACCCCAAAGACGGUAUGCUUUACGUGCAUUGUAAUAAUCCCUCCUGUCCUCGGAUGGGACCCACUCGGGUUGACAGAGCUCGAUCAUGGCGGACUUGCACCAACUGUUUCACUGCUUAUUGUUCAUCCAAGUGUAGAGAGCAGGCCUUUCCAAUUCAUAAUAUGGUGUGUAAUUUUGGACGAAUACGACUUGUUUGUGGACGGAUACUGCAUCGUUUAGCGCCCAGUCAACAAGUCAGUCUGACAGCACUGGCGAAGGCUGGAGCCACACGUCUUGGUCGUGGUGGCAUUCUCAUCACUUUUGCCUCCGUUCAGGAUGCUGAGUUUUUCCUCACCCGCAGCACCGAGCUUUCGUUGAGGCAGCCUCGACAACCGUCAGAAAGUGUUUCUGCAGAUCGACCCAGUCCCUCAGGUCUUAUCGCGCCUCCAAUUUAUCUCACAGUGGAGGAGUUGAAUAAAUUGGACUCUAAGUUGGCAACUCCUUGCAAGUUGUACAAGCCCAGUGUCAGUUAUGUGCUGAUUGUCAUUAUUUGUGCAUACGAUUUGGAGGUGACGAAAAAUGGACGAGCUGUGCAUCUCUACAAACAGUGCAUCAUUCUACCUUUUCCCGGAAGUGCUGCAAAGGUAGCACCACCAGUGUCUCAAGCAAAGUCACCGUGUCCCAAACCGCCAACCAUUUCAUGGACACGACGACAAACUAGCAAAGAGGAACGCGAGGCCUACUCAAAACACCUUCAGCGUACACUUCGUGAACGAGGUGUAAGUCUCCGACACAGUGAGCCUGAGGUCUACAAGCAGUUGUCAAAAUUUGUUGAAACAGGCGAGACUUUUGAACCUGUGGAGUUUGACUUCAAUGACUACUACUCCAAUCAGGUUAUAACGUGUAGAAUUGCACCGAUGGAAGAUGUUGUGAUUCGUCAGAAAGAAAGUUUCAAUGCCAAGGCGAUCCAUGAAAUGCCACAUGCAAAAGCCUAUCAGAAGAAACCGUACAAAAUCUCACGGCCUCGAAUAGGUGAAACUGAGUUGUGA